AUGAACGUGCUGAAGUUGCAAAAGGUAAGCGCAGCGAGCCCGGAUCAUAGCGCAUGUUUGACUGACAUGUGCUUUAGAAAUACCCGCAGUUCCCUCAGUCGGAAAUCUACGGCCUCAGCGAUGCCUUUCGGAAACUCGACGUCGACGACAAGGGAUAUGUCGACGAGGCUACGGCGAUCAAGGCCGUCCAGAACACCGAACGCCAGCCCUACGAUGUGGUCCGACAGGCAUUGAAGGAGGUGGAACUGGACAGUUCGAGGAGAGUCGAGUUGGACGACUAUGUGGAUCUGAUCUCACGUUUGAGAGAGAGUAGUCCGGCGCAACAGCGCUCGCGCGGCUUCAGCAAUGCUCCGAAGCCUCAGGAUGGCGCAGCGGCUCCAGCAGGACAUAUGCGCCAAAUCAGCACCGGAGGCGGCACACCUCAGAAGGCGGGCAGGAUCACAGUCGGAGGUGCGACAGGUAGCUCGCAGCACACUAUCAACGAAGAUGAGCGGACUGCCUUCACCUCCCACAUCAAUGCCGUGUUGGCCGGCGACGCGGACAUUGGCCAUCGCCUGCCCUUCCCGCUUGACACCUUCGAGAUGUUUGAUUCUUGCAGAGACGGACUCGUGCUGGCGAAGCUCAUCAACGACAGCGUACCGGACACCAUCGACGAGCGUAUUCUGAAUAGAGAGGGAGGCAAGAUCAAGAAGCUGAACGCUUUCCACAUGACGGAGAACAACAACAUGGUCAUUGAGUCCGCAAAGGGUAUUGGCUGUUCAGUGGUCAACAUCGGCUCUGGAGAUAUCAUUGAAGUCCGGGAGCAUCUUGUUCUCGGUCUGAUCUGGCAGAUCAUUCGGCGUGGAUUGCUGGGCAAGAUUGACAUCAAACUGCAUCCCGAGCUGUACCGAUUGCUGGAGGACGGCGAAACACUGGAGCAAUUCCUCCGGUUGCCGCCCGAGCAGAUCCUUCUGCGAUGGUUCAACUACCACCUCAAGAAUGCUGGCUGGCACCGACGAGUCCAGAACUUCUCCAACGAUGUUAAAGAUGCCGAAAACUACACCGUCCUCCUCAACCAGCUCGCGCCCAACGUCUGCUCGCGCUCUCCUCUCCAAACGCAAGAUCUGUUGCAGCGCGCAGAGCAAGUCCUGCAAAACUCAGAUCGGCUCGACCCGCCAUGCCGCAAGUUCUUGACUUCCAAGUCGCUCACCGCCGGAAACCCCAAGCUCAACCUCGCCUUCGUCGCGAACCUGUUCAACAACCACCCAGGACUCGACCCCAUUACGGAAGAGGAGAAGCAAGAGAUCGAAGACUUCGAUGCAGAAGGCGAGCGCGAGGCGCGUGUGUUCACGCUAUGGCUCAACUCGAUGAACGUGCAGCCCACCGUGAAUUCCUUCUUCGACGACCUCAAGGAUGGUAUCGUCCUCAUACAAGCCUACGACAAGGUCAUCCCAGGCAGCGUGAACUGGCGACAUGUAAACAAGCCACCAGCGAACGCCGUGACUCCCGCGAGUCAAGAUCCUGAUGAGGCAUACCUUACGAUCAAGUCUGGAAUGUCACGCUUCAAGGUAAGUUUGCUAUACACAGGGAAUGCCUAUCUUGAGGCUUCAGCUCCCUUGCGAUGCUUGAGUGCAGUGCUUGUACCCACUGACUUUCGAUAUAGGCUGUGGAAAACACAAACUAUGCCGUGGAGAUUGGCAAGCAGAACCGCUUCUCGCUCGUCGGAAUCCAGGGAGCCGACAUCACGGAUGGCCAGAGGACACUUACCCUCGGGAUGGUGUGGCAACUGAUGCGAAAGCACAUCACCAACACUCUGUCGGCACUGGCGCAACGGCUCGGCAAGCGCGAAAUCAGCGAUGCGGACAUGGUGCAAUGGGCCAACAACACGGUCAAGAAGGGCGGCCGGUCCAGUGCGGUCCGCAGUUUCAAAGACCAGCAGAUCGCAUCCGGGGUGUUCUUGCUCGAUGUGCUGAACGGCAUGAAGAGCUCCUACGUCGAUUAUGAUCUCGUCGCCUCCGGCCGCACGGACGAGGAAGCGUAUGCGAACGCGAAGCUUGCCAUUUCCAUUGCGCGCAAGAUGGGUGCUACCAUCUGGCUUGUCCCGGAGGACAUUACGAGUCUGAGGACGAGGUUGAUUGUGACGUUUAUUGGUUCGUUGAUGGCGACCGCGGAGCAGCUCGGAUCAUGA